AUGCGUCUCAGCGUGCUGUCUUUGGUCGUUCUCGUCGUGGAGCUCGCCGCCGUCGGCGCCAAGGUCCAACGCGUCGCACAUCCCCGAUCGAAGCAGGCCACGCGCGUCCGCAACAAGCGGCCCGGCUCCAGCCACGAUCCGUCCGGCUUCACCGGUACCGGUUGGGCCGCUCGCGCCCCGUCCACGGACGCGCCCAAGGCCAACGUCUGGGACUUGCUCUCCAACGACGAGGCCGCCGAUGUCAUCGCCUUCCUCCACAAGCAGGACGCCCUCAACCUCACCGCCGCGGAGAAUGGAACCAGCUGGGACAACACCAUCCAGGUCGUCGACACGCUUCUUCCCAACAAGACGGCCGUUCUGCCGUACCUCAGCGGGAACGGAAGCAAGCCCGAUCGGUACGCAAAGGCCAUUAUCUGGUUUGGCGCGUCGGAGGAGCCGUGGCUACAGGAGUUCCAGGUCGGCCCUCUUCCCAUCUCGAACACGUCCACCUACACCUCCCUCGACUGGGCAACCACCAAGGGAAAGGCCGUCCAGCGCAACUACAACGCGGACGAGGACCUUCAGUAUGAGUUCUUCACCAACGUCUCCGCCACCGUGCAAGACAUUCUCACCGACCUGAUCAACGGCACUGCGAGCGGCACGGACGACGACAACCUCGACAUCUGGGGCGUUGACCCCGCCUGGCACCCCGACGAGUACACGACCCUCAUGUGGGUCACCUACUGGCGCAUUCCAGAAUCCAUCUUCGACGGCGAGACGCUCCUCCCCCAGGGCAUCUUCUUGGAGACGAACGUUUCCGGUCGCGAUCCUUCCCUGUGGUCCGCUCUUGGCUGGUUCUACGCGAAUACAUACUACAACUCCACGGAGUCCUUCCGCGCCGCGUGGGAGGCUGGUGAGCUCCCAAAGCUCGAGAGCAACCUCGAGGGCGACUGGAUCGGCAGCGACUACAUGGGCCCCAAGACCGAAGGCGGCGAGAACAGCACGAUGUGGGGGAGCGAACGCGCUCCGCCGCUGCAAGUACCUGUCGGGGGCGCCGAGGGCCUGCGGUACAAAGUCGACAUCGACGAGAAGUAUGUCGAGUGGAUGGACUUCUCGUUCUAUCUGGGCUACUCGCGCGACACUGGCCUUCGUCUCUUUGACAUCAAGUACCGUGGCGAGCGUAUCGUCUACGAGCUUGGGCUUGAGGAGGCUAUCGCGCACUACGCGGGAGCAGACCCUGUUCAGAGUGGCGUCGCUUACCUCGACACUUACUACGGUUUUGGCCCCUACGCGUUCGAGCUCCUUGCAGGCUACGACUGCCCGACCCACGCCACUUUCCUCAACACUAGCUUCCACGCCAGCGAGAUCAGCAGGACGCACCCUAACUCGAUCUGCCUUUUCGAGUACGACACUGGAUACCUCAUCCAGCGCCAUUCGAACGAGGCGUACGUGUCCGGCACGAAGAACAUCGCGUUCGUGGUCCGCUCAGUCAGCACGGUUGGCAACUACGACUACAACUUCGACUACACGUUCUAUCUCGACGGCAGCAUCGAAGUGACCGUUCGUGCCAGUGGCUAUAUUCAGAGCACGUACUACUACGGCAAUGAGGACUACGGUUACAAGAUCCGCUCCGGCCUCUCUGGCUCGAUGCACGACCAUUGUCUCCUCUUCAAGGCCGACAUCGAUAUUCUCGGGACCGCGAACUCGAUCGCCAACCACACCGUCGUCCCCGUCAAGGAGGCCUACCCUUGGUCCCACGGGGUCGAGCGCAGCACGAUGAAGCUCGAGCGCUCCUACCUCCAGACCGAGGACGAGGGCAAGAUCCAGUGGACGGCAAACGCGCAGACGAUGCUCAUGGUCGUCAACCAAGACGAGGAGAACCCGUUCGGGGAGCCGCGCGGGUACCGGAUCAUGCCCGGGCGUGGGAGCGGGAUGCACCUGACGAUCACCGAGUCUUCGGACCUGCUGGCGUCGCAGAGCUUCGCGACGCACCAGCUGUACGCGACGGUGCGGAAGGACACGGAGCCGCGCGCGGCGCACUCGCUGAACGGGUACGACGUCGCGAACCCGGUCGUCAACUUCGGGGAGUUCUUGGACGGGGAGAGCCUCGUGCAGGAGGACGUCGUGCUGUGGUUCAACCUCGGCAUGCACCACGUCCCGCACACGGGAGACUUGCCGAACACGGUGUUCACCACGGCGCAGGGGUCGAUGAUGAUCCUGCCUCACAACUACCUCCUCCACGACCCGUCGCGGGACUCGCGCCAGACGGUGCGCGUGGACUACAACAACUCGGGCGUCCAGUUGGUGAACACGUUCGGCUCGGAGAUGUCGAAGGGCGGCGCGAACCUGACCGCUGCCGUCCCCGAUUUCUGGGCUUACCGCGGCGACAUCUCGGUUCGCAAGUUCCCCUACGAUCCUCAACACCCGUACAACGACACCGAGUCCAUUGUCUGA